AUGGUGCGGCGCUCCGUCGCCUGGGCGGCGGUGGACCUCCCGCAGGGGGAAGAGGGCCCCGAAGGCGUGGUGCUCUACCUGCUCGCCGCGCCCGGCUGCCCCCUGCUGCUGCCGGGCGGUAGGCUUGCCGGCCUGGCGCUCUCCGUCGCCGGCUGCCAGUGGUGUUCUUGGACGCGCCUGCGGGAUCUGUGGCGGGCCGCCGGAGCCCCGGCGCUCUGCCUCGCGCUGCUCGGCCUCCGGGGGUACUAUAAGCUGAGGUCAGGGUGGGUCGUCCUCCCACUCCCAGCGAUGGACCGGUUCCGUUGGCUGCUGGCGGGGGCGGCGCUGCUGGCGAUGCUGGCGUGCGUCCAUUUGCUGCCGCUGCUGAGGGACGCCGGCUGCCAGGACCCGCUCGCGGCGCCGGGGCGGCCGGAGGAGCUCCCGGGACUCCCGCAGGGGGCGGCCGCCGCGGCCGCCGCGCCCGCGCCCGCGGCGGAGGCGCCUGCUGGCGAGGCGGAACCCCCCGCGCCAGUUGCCGAGGAGGCGAAGCCCGCGGAGGCCCCCGCGCCAGCUGCAGAGGAAGCGGAGGAAUGCCUGCGGGCGGUGCGGGCGUUGGCCGAGGCGGCCGGCGGCCCCAGCGCCCCCACGCUGCUGGAGCAGGGGAGCGGCGGGACGUGCCUGGCCCCGGGCUGGGGGCAGGUGCCCCCCAACUGCUCGGCGAGGGUUGGGCUGGGCUGGGGCGCGUACUACAGGUCCAACUGGUCGGGCGCCGUGGCGUGCGGCAGCCUGAGCUACCGGCUGGUGUGCACAGGCGGCCCGCAGCGGCCCGCCAGCCAGGCUGUCGCCAUGCACCAGCGCCUGCGAGAGGCGUUCCCAGCGCCAGAGCCGCGCUUGCUGCAAACGCGUGUCAUGAACAAGAACAUGAAGGAUGUGUUUGCGCUCGGUCUCGCCAGCGACUGGAUGCGUGCGUCCUGGUCUCCUCUCAUGAAGAACAGGUCCCCUCCGAGAACCGUUUUCCUCCACAACGACCAGGGCAUAGAAAAGAUCAUCAAAAUAGUCGAACGGGACGUGCUGCCCGACAUCACGGAGCCCAUCGUACUCUUCACGUUGUCCCAUGACAAGACGAUACCGAGGCAAUUGGACAAACGGUACCCGAAUUCAUCCGAGCAGCUGCUGGACCGUGUCCGGUCAGUUUUGGAUUCCCCCUUGAUCGAGCGGUGGGUCGUUGAGAAUUUGGACACUUCUGGAUUUCAUGACAAAUUCAUGCCUAUUCCUCUUGGCUUUUUCUGCCAUCCUUACUACAGCUGCGGCCCGUCCUGGUGGCCCGUCAUCAAGGCGGAGUGGAUCCGCCCGCUCGCAGAGAGGCCACUGUGGAUGAUGGUCUGCAACGGUAGGUUGCAUCAAGAGUUAGAUAAAAAAAUGCAUCGGGAGUCAUAG